ACUAUCGGAUCGGAUCACUAUAAAUAGUCAAUCGGGGGCCCAGAGUGACAGCAUUAGCCACUCGGUCAACAAACCAGCAGCAGCAACAUGUACAAGCUCCUCGUCGUCGUCGCCCUUUUCGGAUGCGCCCUGGCCGCGCCACUGAACGAUGAUACCAUCACCAAGUUCCUGGCCAACCAGGAUACGGACGGCACCUACGCCUACGACAUCGAGCAGGCCAGCGGUAUCCAGAUCAAGGAGGAGGGUCUGGCAGGACACCAAGCUCGCGGAUCGUACUCCUACAUCUCCCCCGAGGGCAUUCCCGUCCAGGUGGUGUACACCGCCGAUGAGUACGGCUUCCACCCACAGUCCGACCUCCUGCCCACUCCACCACCAAUCCCAGAGGAGAUCCUGCGUUCCAUCCGCUACAUCCAGGAGCAUCCCACUCCCGAGGAACUGGCCGAUCGUGCCGUUCGCGCCCAGCAGAUCUAGAGCUGUAUGGAAAAUAGUAAUCUUAAGUUUGCCAAAGUAGUCAUCCAACGAUGUCUACAUCAUCCCAGCCAUCCGAUUAAACCACGCUCAGCUCUUGGCUGGUGUUAAUUCCACUUA